AUGUCCAGAGGAGAGCAACAGAGAACAGAACCUCAUUUGGGGUAUUGCCCUGUUACUGCCCUGGGGGCUUCUCAGUGCUCCCAUGACAAUGAUGCCAGUGUGGUUUGCUCAGGUCGCUCUGAAUCACUCAGACUGCUGAAUGGAGAGAGCCAGUGCGAUGGGAGAGUUGAGAUUUCCCUCCAUGGUGUGUGGGGCAGAGUGCUGGAUGACCAGUGGGACAUGAACGAUGCCAGUGUGGUGUGCAGGCAGCUCCAGUGCGGAGUCGCUGAGAAAGCUUAUACCCCCCCUAAGUCUGAGCAACAAAUAGGCCCCGUGGGGCUGAGAAGUGUCCAGUGUGCAGGAAAUGAGACUCGUCUGACUCUCUGUGACAACUCCACGUCUGAGACAGCCCAGGCAGGAAUUGCUGAAGACGUUGGUGUCGUUUGUUCAGGGAGCAGGCAGAUCAGACUGGUGAAUGGGACAGGUCGCUGCGCCGGGAGAGUGGAGAUUUAUUACCAUGGCAGCUGGGGGACAGUCUGUGAUGAUUCCUGGGAUCUGUCAGACUCCAGUGUCGUUUGCAAACAAAUAGGUUGUGGACACGCCAUCAAUGCAACUGUCUCUGCUCAUUAUGGGCAAGGAUCUGGGCAGAUCUGGCUGGAUGAUGUGAACUGCUCUGGGAAUGAAUCCGAUCUCUGGUCGUGUCCUUCCAGGGGCUGGGGCCAGCACAACUGCAAACACAAAGAGGAUGCCGGAGUUCUCUGCUCAGAAUUCACAGAUCUGAGGCUGGUGAGCAACAGAGACUGCGCUGGGCGUCUGGAGAUUUUCUACAAUGGGACGUGGGGCAGUGUUUGCUCCAAUCAGAUGUCUGAAGUCACCCCAGCAAUUGUCUGCAAACAGCUGAACUGUGGGGAUGGAGGGAAGAUUGCAAGAGACUUUGAAUAUGGAGCAGGUUCUGGUCCCACGUGGCUGGACCAUGUUGCAUGCAGUGAGCAGCACAGCUCCAUCUGGCAGUGCCCAUCAAAGCCCUGGAAUCCAACGUCAUGUAAUAACCGAGCAGAAGAGACCCAUAUUUUUUGCACUGGACUGGCAGAGAGGACAGAUUCUUCAGCUUCCCCGCAACACCCUCCGACCGACAGUGGGAGAGUCACGGUGCUCGUGGUCAUCUGCAUUAUCCUGGGGGCCCUGCUCUGCCUCGUCUUAAUCAUCCUGGGGGCGCAGGUGCGAAGUGCCAAGGCACAGCGCAGAGGCUCCAGAAGACCCAUGUAUCCUGUCUCAGAGGCCGUGUACGAGGAGAUUGAUUAUAACCUGAUGAGAGAGAAGCAGGAGAUGUUCAGUCGCUCAGCUUUGGAGUGUAACCAGUGA